AUGGUUCGUAUUUAUUUGUUACUUCUCAUAUUAUUAGGAAACAUUUCUCAAUCAUUGGGUUUGAAUGCUUUGUUUUUGACGCUUGGCGCAGCUGGCCAUUCUAUCCCAAUGUUUGAAUUAGCUAAAGCAAUGAAAAAUCAUAAUGUAACUUUUAUUACUGAAGCAUUUGCACAAGCAUAUAUCAAUACUGAAAACUAUUCAAAUAGAUCUUCGUUUCGUUUGAUUUUUACAAAUGAUUCAACUGAUGCAAUUACGGAAGAAAAUAAAAUCGAACAAGAGAUUAUCGAAUAUUUUAUGAAUCAUUCAGUAUUUGAUGGUGUUUUUCAUAUAAUGCCAGCUGUUGGCCGAAUAACGAAUGCACUAAUGCAUAAAGCAAUAGAUGCGUUAAUGUCCGACCGGUUUGAUGUCAUCAUUAGUAGUUCAUUAGUUUUAGGCACUGCUGCUUUAUGCGAAAAAGCCAAUACAUCGUGUGUAAUACAGAGAGCAGAAAUGAAAUUGAAUAUUUUUUAUGUAAAUCUACCCACAAGCUAUUCGUUGCUGUCAGCAAAGCAAAUAACUCAAUUCAAGUAUCGUAUUUAUAAUGUUGUUUUUUAUUUCCGCUUGAUAAUGAGCAUUUUCAAACAGUUGAUGGAAUCAUUCUACAUUAUUUUUCAAUCAUUUCCACAAAUACAAGGACCAUUUUAUGAUACUUUCACAUUAAAAAAUUUACUGUUAAGCAAAACAAGCUGUUUGAACUUAUGUAGCCUACCACCAACACUCUAUCCACCAUAA